CUCCUUCCCUUUUCUUGCAUUCUCACUCUCCUUCUUUCCCUCCUGCUCUCUCUCUAUAUAUAUUUAGAGAGAGCGAGAGCGAGAGCGAGAGCAUCUUCUUCACUUCUGAGUAAUCCAUGGAGGGCCUUCCAGCUGGUUACCGUCCCAACGUUGGUGUUUGCCUCAUCAAUUCUGAGAAUCAGGUUUUUGUGGCUUCAAGGUUGAAUGUUCCUGGAGCAUGGCAGAUGCCUCAGGGAGGUAUAGAAGAUGGUGAGGAACCAAAAUCUGCAGCUGUCAGAGAGCUACGGGAAGAAACUGGAGUAGUGUCAGCUGAAAUUAUUGCAGAGGUUUCCCAUUGGUUGACAUAUGACUUUCCUCCUGCAGUGAAGGCCAAAGUUAACCGCCUGUGGGGAGGUGAAUGGCAUGGGCAGGCUCAGAAGUGGUUUCUCAUGAGACUAACUGGAGAUGACAAUGAGGUUAACUUGGCAAAUGGUGAGGUUGACCCUGAAUUCUCAGAGUGGAAGUGGGCGAGUCCCGAAGAAGUAAUUGAGCAGGCAGUGGAUUACAAGAGGCCAACAUACGAGGAAGUCUUAAGAACCUUUAUGCCUUACUUCAAUGGAAAAGAGACAGCCUAAAUGUAAAUCAACGAACUGUACAGGUGAUGGUUAGGGCUUUCAUCUGUCCCUGUGGUUGAACUAGCAUAGUAAAAUUUGGACUAGUGUAACUUUGUAAAUGGUAUGGCAUUGCAGUUUUUGAACUAGAGUUAUUGUUUAGAAGUAGAAUUGCUUUUGGGAUAUUACUUGGUUUGUUGUCUGUUCCCCGUCAGUGUCCUAAGAAGUUGUUUGCCACCUUUGGAAAAAAGUUUCAAGGAAUAGCAGUAAUUUUUCUUGAAUUU